GGGGUGUCUUGAGCGAGAGGUAUAAAAGGACCGACAACCUCCUUCACGGCACAGUUCUUGCUGAAACACCCCAGCAUGAAGGUCUUGGUAGCAGCACUCGCCCUCGUGGCCACACUUGCAGUGACUGGGAACGCUGAGCCCCUCCCGGAAGCUGACCCGGGUUUCCAUAGAGGAUUUGGGAGCUUCGGCGGCAGAUCCCAUGGUGGAUUUGGUGGCUAUGGAGGCUAUGGUCCCUACCGGGGCAAGAGAAGCGCCGAUGCCGAAGCUCUGGCUGACCCCGAGGCUGAUCCCAGUGCUGGUCAUCUAAGCUAUGGAGGUUACGGUGGUUAUGGUGGCUUCCAAGGAAUUAGCCGCCAGCACCACUAUGGCAAAAGGAGCGCUGACGCAGACCCCGAACCUGACUUUAGUCGCUAUGGCGGCUUUCGAGGGCACAGUGGUGGCUUUGGUGGCUUCAGUGGGUAUGGGAGAUAUGGACGUUCCGAUAUACAGUUGAUGGAAUUUCUAAAAAUUGCGUUAUCGUCCGUAUCCUCCAUAUCUUCUGAAGCCACCAAAGCCACCACGUUGCCCUCCAAAGCCGCCAUAACGACUAAAGUCAGGUUCGGGGUCUGCGUCAGCGCUUCUUUUGCCAUGGUGGUGGUGGUGCUGGCCAAUUCCUUGGAAGCCACCAUAAACACCGUAGCCACCAUACCUUUCAUGACCAGCACUGGGAUCAGCCUCAGGGUCAGCCAAAGCUUCGGCUUCGGGUUGAGGAUUUGCCUCGGCGUUUCUCUUGCCACGGUAGGCACCAUGACCACCAUAACCACCAUAUCCUCCAUGGGAUCUGCCGCUGAAGCCUCCAAAUCCUCCAUGGGAUCUGCCACCGAAGCCUCUAAAUCCACUAUGGUAACCCGGGUCAGCUUCUGGGAGGGGCUCAGCGCUCCCGGUCACUGCAAGUGUGGCCACGAGGCGAGAGGUAUAAAAGGACCGACAACCUCCUUCACGGCCUUCAUGCUGGGGUGUUUCAGCAAGAACUGUGCCGUGAAGUUCAAAUUGGAGCUUCUAAACUUGAACUUCACGGCACAGUUCUUGCUGAAAUACCCCAGCAUGAAGGUCUUGGUAGCAGCACUCGCCCUCGUGGCCACACUUGCAGUGACUGGGAACGCUGAGCCCCUCCCGGAAGCUGACCCGGGUUUCCAUAGAGGAUUUGGGAGCUUCGGGGGCAGAUCCCAUGGUGGAUUUGGUGGCUAUGGAGGCUAUGGUGGCUACCGCGGCAAAAGAAGCGCUGAAGCCGAAGCUCUGGCUGACCCCGAGGCUGAUCCCAGUGCUGGUCAUCUAAGCUGUGGAGGCUACGGUGGUUAUGGUGGCUUCCAAGGAAUUAGCCGCCUGCACCACUAUGGCAAAAGGAGCGAUGAUGCAGACCCUGAACCUGGCUUUUGUCGCUAUGGCGGCUUUGGAGGGCACAGUGGUGGGUUUGAAGGGCACACUGAUGGCUUUCGUGGCUUCAGUGGGUAUGGGAGAUAUGGACGAUAAUGUGGCUUUUUUUUUAAGAUUUCCACUUUCUGUUUUCAAGUCCUGUAAAUUCUGAUUCUUCUGCAACUAAUAAUCUUGAAUAAAAUUUGAAAUUCUCCGAA